GUUGUGUUUACCUCGUUACAUUGUUUUUGAAGGCAUAUUAGUUAUACACGUGAUUUAGUUUGUUGUACACUGCGCACCGUGAAUAGUUGUGGUUGGCAAAGAAGAAGCCAGAGGACCGACAUCACAGAACCCCCAAAGUUAAACAAAUUGUUUUAGCUGUGUGCUGCCGCCACUAUUCAACGACAAUCAACAAUUGUGUGUGGUGGUGUGAUUUCAGCGAGAGGAUUUGUGAGCAGAAGGCGAACCUGUGUACUCAGCGUUACUGCUUAGUGCUUGGCUCGGCCGGUAAGGAUUUCCACCAACGCAAAACACACACACAGUUCGAGGAAUCUGUGUGAAGGCCAAAAGGCUGUUUGUACCGAGAGCGACAAUUUGUGCCGCCAUAGCAACUCAAAACGGAAGCAUUCGACCCUCUCCCCCAAAUCGAAAAACAAAACACCUCAAAACAGAUAUCAUUGAAGCUCCUGUCCUAUCGCGCAAGCUGUCACGAUGGGUUUAGGCGGCAGAAUGGACUGCUGCGGGCAGUGUAUCAAGUAUAGCAUGUUCAUAUCCAACUUCGUCAUUUUCGUUGGCGGUGCCAUCGUAUUCGGGCUGGGCGUCUGGACCCUAGUAGAUAAGAAUUUCAUCAAUGAGCUGCUUGGGACGAAUCUUUUCUCCGGCGCUGUGUACGUACUGAUAGCCACGUCAGCCCUCGUCUGUUUAAUGUCCUUCUUUGGCUGCAUCGGAGCCGCCAAGGAGUACAAGUGCAUGCUACUAACGUACUUUAUUUUGGUUUUCCUGAUUUUCGUGACGAUGCUGAUUGGCGGCAUCCUGGGGUACGUGUUCCGCGAGAAGGUAUCGCAAACGAUGCAGCAGGAGAUGCACUCCUCGAUGACUUUCUACGGAGCCUACGGCAAGCGAUCGAUCACCCAGGCUUGGGACAUAACCCAGGAACGGCUCAAGUGUUGUGGCGUCAAGCACUACAACGACUGGCGCGGAUCGAUUCCCCAGUCUUGCUGCCAGAAGACCAUUACCGAUUUUAAGCCCUGCCAGGAUCAUCCGACGCCGGAAAAUAUCCACAUCCAGGGCUGUCUGGAUAUUACUGCGAACCUGAUCCGCGACAAUGCGGCUAUUGUGGGCGGAUCUGGAAUUAUAGUGGCGGUGCUACUGAUAUUCGGCAUGAUCUUUUCCUGUUCGCUGUUCCGGAUGAUAGAGUAAUGUUUUGGUUUACUGUGAGAGUUCGUUUGAAGAAGGUUUCAUGUGGAGUGUAGGAUUUCUACGUCUCCGAUACGGAACAUACCACACUUUUCCCUCCUUGGAAGGAAAAACAAACCAAGUUAUUUUUAUUUGUAGAUCGCCUGAAGUUGUUCUGAUUACCUGAGAGCAAACAAAGUACAAUUGAUAGGCGAGCAUAACGUUUUUACUUGUAAUUCGCUUGGAAUGAUUUUUUAAAAUUAUGUUUUACUAUAAUUGUAUGACUUAGGUUUAAAAUACGCACACAAUUAAUUAUCGGAUUUGGAAUCUCAGUGAAUAGUGUACAUAAAGUUAUUCAUCGGUCGUAUCACUGUACACGUGUUUGAUUAAAUACUUGAACCUAAUUUAUAUUAAGCUGGUAGGAAUGCUAAACACCAGAAGGAGAUACAAGACAAAGAGUCUUGAAAAGUAUUCAUUCCAUUAAACAGAGUCAAGCUACCACAUUUGUGUCAUUGUAAAAAUCUGUUUUGAAGAUUGCGAAUAAAUUUUAUCAAAAAAAACGGUCAUAGCAUUCGAUGAUCCCCUAAU